AUGCAAGAUCUCAAAAGGCUUACUUUGGAUUCUCAAUACAACGACAUAUUAAAGACUGAUAGAGAAAUUCGACCUAUCUGGAUAUUACUAGUAGAUGGGGAACUGAAUGAGAAUCCAAAGCAUCUGAAAAACAUUAAAACGUAUUGUCAACUUUUUCAAAAGUUUGAUUUAGAUUAUCUGAUAGUACAAACACACAUUCUGGGGCAAUCCAAAUGUAAUCCUGUUGAGAGGGAAAUG